AUGAGAACCUUCGUAGCGUGCAUAGCCCUAGCGCUGGUGGCGGUCGCCCGCGCCGAACCCCCCUCCGGCUACAGCUACAGCCGCCCAUCGGGGGGCAUCAGCGGCGGCAUCAGCGGCGGCCUCAGCGGCGGCGGACCCCUGCGCCCCGUCUCCUCCGGCUACCAGACCUCCGAGGGCCAGCACGUCGACGCGCAACUCCUCGAGCAGGUGCGCCAGAUCCUCCUUAAGGAGGAGGCGUCCAGCUCCAGCUUGGGCGGCGGCCACGGCGGCAUCUCCAGCUCGUACGGGGCGCCCUCCUCGUCCUACGGCGUGCCCUCGUCGUCCUACGGCGUGCCGAGCGGCUACAGCGGCCGCGUAGUGGGCAUCAACCUCGAGGGUGUGCGCCAGGCGAUCCAGGUCGCCCAGUACGAGCAGUCCGGCGGCUCCUCGGGCUACCCCUCCUCCUCGUACGGCACCCCCUCUGGCAGCUACGGCGCUCCCUAC